CAUUAGUGCUUCACUGACCUGCCGACAUUGGGUUGCAUCACUCAGUAGGCACACACUAGCACAGAGGAGGCAACACAGCCAGCAGUUUUUCAUGAACAUAAGAUUGUACAACAAUCGUCUUUGAGAGAUAAUGGCAGGAAGAUGCAUAACCGGAUUGCUGCUACUUUGUUUGACAGUGUUAUCGACCUCCCUUUCUACAUCUACAGAAGUCUGCAGCAACUCCCUCAUACCUGGAGCUAAAGGAGAUCAAGGUGAGCUUGGAGAAGAGGGAGAUCAGGGAAAACUGGGGAAAAGUGGACCUCCAGGACUUCCAGGAGCACCCGGAGAAUUGGGGCUCAAAGGAGAGCUCGGUCCCAUGGGAAAGAUGGGACCAGGUGGAGACAAAGGGGACAAAGGAGACACAGGUUUGGAUGGACCGUCUGGUUUGAAGGGGAAAACAGGCACUACAUGUGACUGUGAAAGGUACAAGAGAAUGAUGGGACGGAUGGAUGUUCAUGUAGGCAAGCUGAGGAAUGCAGUCAAGUUUGUCAAAAAUGUCAUGCUGGGCUUAACAGAAAAUGAAGAGCACUACUACCUGCUGGUGAAGGAGCCCAAAAAUUUCAAGGAGGCCUCGUCCAACUGCAAGCUGCGAGGCGGCACCCUGGCCAUGCCGGACACCAUCAACAGCAACCGCCUCAUGGCAGACUAUGUUGGUCAGGCAGGACUCACAAGAGUUUACAUCGGAGUGCAGGCUCCCAACAGGGACACAGGUGGAACAAACAGCUCACAGAAUGUACUCUCCAGUCCACUCCGGGGGUUUGCAGCUUGGAGUCAGGAUGAGGAGCUCAGUUCUUCUAGCUCCAACUCAAGCUGUGUGGAGCUGCUCAGCACUGGGACAUGGGGGCAUGUGCAGUGUGACACUGCCAUGUUUUUCAUCUGUGAGUUUCCAAAAAGCAGGAGAAGAAGAGGAGGGGGCGCAAGAGAGGACACCUACACAUCAUCUUAAGUCAUUACUCAGACUGUCAUGCAAGUACAGUUAAAUAAAAAUAAAUAAUGUAUCAUGAAUGCUCUCACAUUUUAAAUAUUUCAUUAUUUUUUACAUUAUGUAUAUUCAUUUCCUUCUCCACAUAAUUAAAAGCCCCUGCAGCUGAUGGAUCUGAGUGUGGCCCAAAUGGCCUGAGAUUGAAUUUAAGGAAUUUGGGUUUGGACUGCCAUGUCAAGGACUUGCAUAUUUAAAAAGUUCAAUCACUUUAUGGAUUGGUAGAAUAUCUAAAAAUGAAUUAAAUGUAUUAUAAUUGAAACCAUGCAAGACCUAUUAUAUAAAGACCAAAUGUCACACACGAGCCAAGACUGUCAUUCACUUGGUGUUGAACUUGAGGAAUGAACAAAAAAAAGGAAGGAAUGAACUUUCAUAAUCUUGCACUCUUAUGCUUAGUGAUUUCCUGUUAUUGCAUACAGGAAAUUAAGAGAGUUUUGCUGACUCUUCUGUCAUGUUAUCAUCUUAAACUUGGUUCUCAAAGUUUUUACAGUCGCA